UUAUACAGAAUGAAGUAUUAAUGGAAAAUUGUCAAACAAAGCACCUCGUGGCAGAAGAAAUUAUUCGAUUCAGCACAGAACUGAGCGAAGGUUGAGCGGAAAGUGAAGUGACUGAUGGAAAAGUUCGGAGACUUGUUAAAAAUAAAUUGAACACUAAGAGUGCGUUUGUGCUUCAAGGAAGGAGUUUAACUCAAGGCAAUAUUAAAGAUGGCCACCAGCGACUAUGGCGGCAACCUUGGCUGGGACUAUGCCACGUUCUUCAUCUUCGUGAUCGUGUCCACCCUGGUACCACUAUGGGGCCGCUUCUUCGGUCGGAAGGAGAAAACCAAAGCCGAAUACGUCUUCGGAAUGGGCACGAUCUCCGUCGGGGCCAUGAUGCUGUCGAUCGCCCGUGGAACCCUCGGCGUCCGUUCGCUGCUCGGCUACCCGAGCGAGCUGUUCUACCGUGGAUCGGCCAUGUGGGAAACCCUGUACGGUAUGGUGACCGCCUAUCCGAUCGUAUGCUUCGUCUUCAUUCCGGUGUACUUCAAUCUGGGAAUAACUUCGGUUUACCAGUAUUUGGAUUUGAGAUUCAACAGCCGCCUGGUUCGCUGUCUCGCAUCCGGAACGUACAUAGUACGAGCAUUGCUGAUCCUAGGUUGCACCCUUUACACUCCGGCCGUUGCUCUGAACACCGUCGUUGGAGUCCCGUAUUGGGCCUCGCUCCUCCUGAUCACGGUCACCACGAUUGCAUUCAAUCUUCUGGGUGGCCUGAAGGCUGCCAUCACGGCGGAUGUGAUCCAAGGGGUCACAAUGAUUCUGAUCAUGAUCGCCAUCGUCAUCCAGUCCAUGGUCAAUAUCUGGGGAAUCGAUGAGAUCGUUACCAUUCCGGCUGAAAAAGGUCGCCUAACAUUCUUCAACUUCACCGGUGACUUGACGGUUCGAGUGGAUACCACUUCGGCCUGGCUCGGACAGCUGUUCAUGUCAUUGAGCAUCUUCGGUUGCCAGCAAAGUUUCGUUCAGCGAUACCUUAGUAUGGGCUCGUUUCGGGAAAUUCAACGCACCUUGAUGACCAACGUUCCGAUCAUAAUCAUCCUCUUCACGUUGGUUUGGAUUGUUGGGAUGGGGAUCUUCUCGGUGUACGUCGAUUGUGACCCGAUGGCCGCUGGUUUCAUAAGCAAGAUCGACGAAAUAGCGGCAUUCUUCGUGCAGGAUAAGUUCUCCUACCUUCCGGGAUUCCUGGGUCUCUUCAUGGGAUCGCUGCUGAACGGAGCGCUGACGUUGAAUGUUUCCAACAUUAACGCUGCGGCUACUGUCACGUGGGAGGACUUUCUGGCACCACUGCCGUGCUUCAAAGAUACGCGUGACAAGAAGCAGCUGAAGAUGAUCCGACUGAUCGGUGCCAUUUACGGAGUAGUCGUUAUGGGAAUAGGAUUCGCCGUCGGUUUGCUUUCGGGGGUGAUCGAGAGUAGCAUGUUGAUGACCUCGGCUACAUCCGGUCCCCUGCUAGGGGUUUUCCUACUCGCAAUGCUCGUCCCCGCGGCCAACUGGAAAGGGGCAGCCAGUGGAAUGAUCAUUUCCCAUAUCGUGACCCUUUGGAUCACGUUUGGAGGGUUGACAAUCGAUAACCAGACACCACUUCUACCUACUUCUGUCGAGGGUUGCACAAACGAGACCUUUGCCCAGUCAAUCGCGAGGCCAUCAGAUUCGUGGCUGUUAUCCACCAUCACGAAUGCUCCACCGGAGGUACCGUUUCAGAAUAUAACCGCCACCGAUUCGUCGUCAUUCCAGUUUCCGGAAAGCAUCUACGCAGUGUCCUACAUGUACUACAGCUUGAUCGGAACAUUUAUCACUAUGGUGAUCGGAACGAUCGUCAGCUAUGCCACCAGCCACCCGGAUGAUGCCUACGAUCAGAGGUUGCUCCAUUCUGCGGUCCACAAGUUGAGUCGAGCAUUGCCGGGAAAGGAACGAUGCUAUGUGGUUAAUCCAAAGAUCAAACCAAAAUUUGAGACGAAUCUACAGGGGCAAUGUAAUGCGGCAUUCGAGGAGAAACCGUAAG